AGAAGCGUCCUGCAACAUCUCCUCAACCGGAGGGAAAAUACGUUUGGACGAACUCUGGUGGAAAAGCGCCCCAGGCUGCGACGGCCUAGAGAUCUUGGGGCUGCAGCCCUCGCUGCCUGCGGAGGGGGCCCGGGGCGCCUGUGGAACCAGGUCCCUGCAGCUCUGCGGCCGCGCGGACCUCGGCUGCGUGCGAGGUGGCGGAGGAGGCUGGCCGGGUGCGAGCGGGAACCCAGCCUCAGCAUCUCCCACCUGCUCAGGACCACCGCGCAGCUAUGGGCUACCAGGAGGAGGAGCCUGUUAUCCCGCCGCAGAGAGAUCUAGAUGACAGAGAAACCCUUGUUUCUGAACAUGAGUAUAAAGAGAAAACCUGUCAGUCUGCUGCUCUUUUUAAUGUUGUCAACUCAAUUAUAGGAUCUGGUAUAAUAGGAUUGCCUUAUUCAAUGAAGCAAGCUGGGUUUCCUUUGGGAAUGUUGCUUUUAUUCUGGGUUUCAUAUGUUACAGACUUUUCCCUUGUUUUAUUGAUAAAAGGAGGGGCCCUCUCCGGAACAGACACCUACCAGUCUUUGGUCAAUAAAACCUUCGGGUUUCCAGGGUAUCUCCUCCUCUCUGUUCUUCAGUUUUUGUAUCCUUUUAUAGCAAUGAUAAGUUACAACAUAAUAGCUGGAGAUACUUUGAGCAAAGUUUUUCAAAGAAUCCCAGGAGUUGAUCCUGAAAAUUUGUUUAUUGGUCGCCACUUCAUUAUUGGGCUUUCCACAGUUACCUUUACUCUGCCUUUAUCCUUGUACCGAGAUAUAGCAAAGCUUGGAAAGAUCUCCCUCAUCUCUACAGGUUUAACAACUCUGAUUCUUGGAAUUGUAAUGGCGAGGGCAGUUUCAUUGGGUCCGCACAUACCAAAAACAGAAGAUGCUUGGGUAUUUGCAAAGCCCAAUGCCAUUCAAGCGGUUGGGGUUAUGUCUUUUGCAUUUAUUUGCCACCAUAACUGCUUCUUAGUUUACAGUUCUUUAGAAGAACCCACAGUAGCUAAGUGGUCCCGCCUUAUCCGUAUGUCCAUCGUGAUUUCUGUACUUAUCUGUAUAGUCUUUGCUACAUGUGGAUACUUGACAUUUACGGGCUUCACCCAAGGAGAUUUAUUUGAAAAUUACUGCAGAAAUGAUGACCUGGUAACAUUUGGAAGGUUUUGUUAUGGCGUCACUGUCAUUUUGACCUACCCGAUGGAAUGCUUUGUGACUAGAGAGGUGAUUGCCAAUGUGUUUUUUGGUGGGAAUCUUUCGUUGGUUUUCCACAUUGUUGUAACAGUGAUGGUCAUCACUGUAGCCACGCUUGUGUCAUUGCUAAUUGACUGCCUUGGGAUAGUUUUAGAACUCAAUGGUGUGCUCUGUGCAACUCCCCUCAUUUUUAUCAUUCCAUCAGCCUGUUAUCUGAAACUGUCUGAAGAACCAAAGACACACUCAGAUAAGAUUAUGUCUUGUGUCAUGCUUCCCAUUGGUGCUGUGGUGAUGGUUUUUGGAUUCGUCAUGGCGGUUACAAAUCCUCAAGACUGCACCCACGGGCAGGAAAUGUUCUACUGCUUUCCUGACAAUUUCUCUCACACAAAUACCUCAGAUUCUCACGUUCAGCAGACAACACAACUUUCUAUUUUAAAUAUUAGUAUCUUUCAGUGAGUUGACUUCUUUAAAAAAUGUGUAUGUUUUCAUAGAAUUUAAACCACGUAACAUUUACAGAUGUUUUAGUCUCUAUUUAUAUUAUAAAAUUAUUAUUUUGGCAUUUAUCAAGACUUGGUUUUCAUGACUCUUUAGUGCAAUAUAAAAGAUAAAGAAAAAUUGAAUGUAUUUUACCUUUAACUGGAAGAAAAUAAAUGUUUUGUUCUAAUGACUGCACUACACUACUGCUAAUUGAAGAAAGGAGAGUGAAGCGUUUAGUAUUUUCUGCCAUCCCCCAUUUACUUAAUAUGCAAACCAGAAUAUUGUGCUCCAAAAUAAGUAGGUGAUUGUGGGUUGGAAUUUUGUGUAGGUGUCCUUUGGUGGGGGAGGAGGGGUGGAUUUUUUCUUUGUCCUUAAGAGUCUGUGGAAUUGAAGGGAAGGGAAACCCAAAACUAUUGAAAAUAAUACAUAAAUUUUAGCAGCAUUCCUUGUUUAAAGGAAAGUGGAUCCCUGGAGAAAUGAGGAAAGGACAUUCCAUGCAAGGAAGCCUGAAACAUAGACUGGCUGUGAGGAGCAAUGUGUGUGAGGAAUCAAAUCACCUCCUGUCUUCUGAUGCCGUGGGAAUACAGUGGUAGCGCCAUUAUAAAAUGAGUGUUGGCGGGGGGAAGGGCGGGGCGGCAAGACACAGUUGUUCUGUGGUAAAAACCAACGAGAUCAGUUACACAUCAAAUUUGGACCUGUUGAAUUUGAGGUGUGGUCAGGAAUGCACAACUGGAAGCUGAACUUUGAGACUAGAAAUGUGUAAGAAGAAUCAGGGCUAUAGAAGGAUUCUCAGUCCACUCAGGGUUCCUUGGAGAGAUUUCUGGGAGCUCUUGUUGACUGGGCCUUUGGAAGCAAAUACUGAGACAGAGUUUGUCAUAACUAAUAGGAGAGAGGGGAAAGCAGAAUUGGUAGGGAAAGGUAGAUCUGCAAUGCAGGCUGACCUCAGGCAACCCCACGGGGAAGCUGGUGCAUAUAUGACCCAUCAGAAUUGUCGCUGUUCGGGGGAAAUAGGCAGGCUUUGAUACUGCUGCCUCCAUCAAUCAUUGAAUGUAGACAUCUGGAGAAGGAUGAGUUCUUGGGCUAGGCAGCUCUUUGCAACAGAGCAAACCCUAAAGGAACUGAGAGCUGGAGGCGGUCUGCUGAUAGCUUUGUCGCCACAUGCUUCCUUGCAGGGGGAUCUGGGAGACACAGCUGUGCCCACCACAGGUGCCCUCAGUUUUUACUGAAUAUUUUUGAGUGAUUUUUUAAUGAAGAUUUUUUGUCUUCAUAUCUAUGGCAAUCUUUAAAAAGUAGCAUGAAAAUUUGGGGCCAUCUGGAUGGCUUCCUUGUAUCAAGUGUCACCUAAGAUUUCCAUUUCAUUUGUAUUCCAGUCAGGCUGUCCAUCUGUGGUACUAUAUUAAUUGCUGUCAAAUAACAAGACUCUAUCAGAAGCAGAGCUAAUACAUAUAUGAUGAGUUUGUACAAAUCAAAUGCAAAAAAAAGUCCUACAGGAAAUGUAUUAAGGGUAGGUUCAUAGUAGUUUGAAUAAAGUGGUGAGAGCUGACUCAUUGUGUGACUCAUACUGAGAAAGGCCUGUCGAACACAAAGGAAGAUGCAUUUUAGCAGGUAGAACCAUGCUCAAGGUUUUAGUGGUGAUUUGUUUUUUCAAUAAAUCAUUAUCCUUGCCAAUAAAUUAAUUUAAAUUCUGUUGGAUAGCUUUUCUGUAUUUAACUUAUAAAUUUGUUUUUUUAUAGUUAAGGGUCAUAAGGCUAAGCAUUUUGUGCCUGUUUAUAGAUUGGUACGUGUUUAGGUAAAAUAUAAUAAAAAUGCUUUCAUUCCAUGUAAGACAUUUUUGCCACAGUCUGUCCUUACACUGCUGAAGACUGCGAAACACUGACCUACAUAGUUAUUAACUAAAGUCAUGAGGGAUGAGAUCUCUAUGCGUGUACAAAGAGAAGCAUGUCAAGGAUAACACGAUGUAGCAUAUAACCAUCUCUUAUCUUGUACUUUGAUGUUGCUUCAGACUCUUCAAGUAGAUGAAAGCUCCUUGUAGGAACUGGGUGCAGCAUUACUACCUAAUAAAUAUUUCUUAGUUUAUUUGGUUUUAAUCAGCUAUAGAACAAGACUGCUUGUGACCCAGUUAUUAGCUGCAUGGAUUACCAGUAUCGUUCAAAUUAUAAUUGAAUAAAUCUUAGGAACUCA